AUGAAGCUUUUUAACUUUUUCCUCGCUGUCGCCAUGGCUCAAUCUACCCUCUCCCCAAGAGGCAAGAUCAAGGAUGAAGAGAAAGGCCCCCGACAGUGCGGAAAAGUCAAGCUCGCUGACAACCCUCUCGCCAACGGUUUGACUAUCGAGUGCAAAUCUCGAAACGGCAAGGCGAAGAACCCCCAUCGAACCAAGCGAUGCAAGGUGAAGCCUUCUCUUGUCAUUGUUAGCAUUUGCUACGGCCUCUGGGUGAAUGGUUAG